CUCGAGAUAGUCAGUGUUGUAAGACGACACCUAACACGGGUUAUAUCAACUUUCUCCUGAAACAUUUGGGAUUGUGACUCCGGCUGCAGAUACGGACCACAACAACUCCAUCCAACAAAUAAGAUCAGAAGACCAGAUGGCAUUCCUGUGCGAUGACUGAGUCUUGACCACUGAUUAUCAAAAAUUUCUACAACAAUGGAAAGGAUGAUGACUGAAGAGGACAUGGACUAUGAAAAUUACACAUAUGAAUACAUGGAAUAUGGAUAUUUGGAGGAGUCCAACGCUGAAGGUUACACUCAGAGACAAGCUCUUCACAUUAUAUCAAUGAUCAUCUACAGUCUGGCAUUUACUCUGGGUGUGACUGGGAAUGGAAUGGUUAUCUGGGUGACUGCCUUCAAAAGCAAAAGGACGGUGAACAGCAUUUGGCUGCAGAAUCUGGCCAUGGCCGACUUUGUGUUUGUGCUUUUCUUGCCAUUCUCCAUUGACUAUGUGCUGCAAGAUUUUCAUUGGCUCUUUGGAAAGACGAUGUGCAAGCUGAACUCCUUUGUCUGCACCAUGAACCUGUAUGCCAGUGUGCUCUUUCUGACCAUCCUGAGCUGGUUGGAAAAGUUCCGCACUAUACGGCAGGCCUGGUGGCUGUGUGCACUGAUUUGGAUCACUUCCUGCUGUUUAAGCUGUCCGACCCUGAUUUUCCGAGAUACAAUCCAACAUAAUGGGAAGAUUGGGUGUUUUAAUAACUUUCACGAUAAGAGUGAAAGACACAUUGCCAUGGUAUCACUGCGCACCACUGUGGGCUUCCUCCUUCCGUUCGCUACCAUCAUGGUGAGUGGCAUACUACUAGCUUUGAAGAUGCAGAAAUCCAACCCUGUACAUUUUUCCAGCUUCUCCAGAAUGGUUUCUGCUGUGAUCCUCGCCUUCUUCUUGUGCUGGGUGCCAUUUCACACCUUUAGCCUCAUGGAGUUGACUAUACACCAUACCACCUACCUGCACUCAGUGCUCAUUGUGGGAUUUCCCCUUGCCACCAGCCUUGCCUUUUUCAAUAGCUGUGUGAACCCAAUCCUGUAUGUACUGCUAACUAAGAAGGUGAGGAAACUUGUGAAGAGGUCUUGUUUGAGCUUCACCAAGAGCUCGUUAAGAGAGAUGAGUCAGUCAGUGUUGGCUACUGAAUUAGACUCAGAACAACCCAGCUGCUCUCCAGAAGAACCCAAUGCUAACUCAUAUGUCUGA